AUGGAGAUUAGUGAGUCUAACGGCCUUGGUGGCAGCAUGAAUUUUUCAUUCCACUUUGAAAAUGAUACUGAGUUGAAUAAGACAUUUCAAGGAUUCGACUACGGUCUGCUGGUACCUUCUUCUGAAGCAACCAAACCAGUGGCGGUACCAAAGGAAUAUAUGUCUGUAUGGGCGAAGGCAGCAUGGAGUACCGCGUUUGCAGCCAUGGUGGUUACUUCCACUGCUGGGAACCUCAUUGUCAUAUGGAUAGUCAUAGGUAAGUCAAGUUUCGCUACACGUUAGCAGAAUCCAUCCAGACACAAAUAUUGAGGAGAUGUGCUCUAUGGUUAAACUACACUUCCCUGAAGCUACUGUUGAGAAGCUCAUCUCUAAACAUCCUGCAGAGUAUUCAUCUUAUGAAGUUACCAUUGCCCAUAGCAACUUCAAAGCAGCUCUGAAUGUGAAUAAGUGGCCCAAAAAUACUUGCGUCAAUCGUUUUUUAUACAAAC